AUGAGUAAAUUCACUACGGUCUCCGAUGGGGUACUAGUGACCGACAAUGGGAUCCGGCCCCCCGUGAAUUGGGUCAAUACGUAUGAGGAGAUAGGAGGGGACAUGCUUUGGGGGAAUGGUGGUCAACUGGAAGACGAAGUCCGUGGACGUGGCAUUGAGGGGGAUAUCAGGCCGCACUACGGUAUGGCAUCAUACACGGGAGAGGCACUGUACCUCUUCGAGGUUGGUAGCGGCCAGUUCUUCUUCUUCAACGCUAUUGAUGGGUCUUUGUUGCAGAUCAGCAAUCAGAGUGAUCUCAAGAGCAUUGUGGAUAUCCUUGAUGAUCCCAACCAAGGCUUACCCGCGCUUGAUAUUGAGGAGGUCUAG